AUGGAAACUUAUCCAGUUGUUCUGGUACUGAUUUAUUUACUGGAAACUUUGACAUGUAAUUUUAGGAGUCGUGAGUUUCUUUGGCAAGAAGGGCAUACCGCUUUUGCUACAAAGGAAGAGGCAGAUACAGAGGUUCUUGAAAUUUUAGAACUUUAUAGAAGGAUAUAUGAAGAAUAUCUUGCAAUUCCUGUUAUCAAAGGGAAAAAGAGUGAGCUGGAAAAGUUUGCUGGUGGGCUUUACACAACUAGUGUUGAGGCAUUUAUUCCAAACACUGGUCGUGGUAUACAAGGAGCUACCUCUCAUUGUUUAGGUCAAAAUUUUGCAAAAAUGUUUGAAAUAAACUUUGAAAAUGAGAAGGGAGAAAGAGCUAUGGUCUGGCAGAAUUCCUGGGCAUAUAGUACCCGAACGAUUGGGGUGAUGGUGAUGGUUCAUGGGGAUGACAAAGGCUUGGUACUACCUCCUAUGGUUGCAUCUGUACAAGUAAUUGUGAUUCCUGUGCCAUACAAAGAUGCUGAUACAAAAGCUAUCUUUGAUGCGUGCUCAACAACUGCUAAUAUGUUGAGUGAAGCUGGUUUUCGCGUUGAAGAAGAUUUUAGAGACAAUUAUUCACCUGGUUGGAAGUACUCACACUGGGAAAUGAAAGGUGUUCCUUUGAGAAUAGAAAUCGGGCCAAAAGAUGUUGCUAAUAAUCAGGUUCGUGUUGUUCGCUGUGACAAUUUGGCAAAAAUUGAUAUUCCUAUGUCCACUUUGGUUGAGCAAGUAAAAGAUAUUUUGGCUAGUAUUCAGCAAAGCCUGUUUGAUGCUGCAAAACAAAAACGGGAUGAGCACAUUAAGGUGGUGCAUACAUGGGAUGAAUUCGUUGAAGCACUAAAUCAAAAGAAGAUGAUCUUAGCUCCUUGGUGUGAUGAGGAGGAUGUUGAGAAAGAUGUGAAAGCACGGACGAAAGGCGAAAUGGGAGCAGCUAAGACACUUUGUUCCCCAUUUGACCAGCCGGAACUCCCCCCAGGGACACUUUGCUUUGCCUCAGGAAAGCCUGCAAAGAAGUGAACCUACUGCGGUAGGAGCUAUUAAAUCUUGGACUAUUUGUUAGGCAAAUACAGGAGGAGCUUAUAUUAGUUUUCUACAUUUAAUGUGUGGGUUGCAUCUAGUUUCUCACUACU